AUGAAAGUAGCUGCAGAGCUCCCCCUCCGUAUCCUUACCCAUAACAUCCGGUAUGCAACCUCAUCUCCAUUCCAGGGCGAGCGACCCUGGGCCGAUCGAAAGCAGCGGCUGCUGAACGAGCUACUGUACAAUACACGCCAUCAAAGCGCCUUUAUAUGCCUACAAGAGGUACUGCAUAGCCAGCUGGUGGAUAUACAUACGGGGCUGAACUCACCCCAUCCCUCCUGCCCCAGCCAGACCUGGGAGUAUAUCGGAGUCGGCAGGGACGAUGGCCGCGAAGCAGGCGAGUAUUCUCCGAUCUUCUACCAACCCGCAGUCUGGGAGCUUCGAGACUGGGAGACCGUCUGGCUGUCCGAGACCCCGGACGUUCCCUCCAAGAGUUGGGAUGCUGCCUCGACCCGCAUCGUCACGGUGGGCGUCUUCACCCAUCGCGCGAGCCGUCGGACUGUGUUGGCAUUGAACACCCAUCUCGACGACCAGGGAUCCCGGUCCCGGUUCGAGGCCGCCCAUAUCAUCCUGGCGAAGAUCGAGGAGUAUCGGGCGAAGGCGACGUCCGGAGGCGGCAGCAGCAGCAGCAUCUCGGGGGUGUUUCUUGCAGGCGACUUCAACAGUCAGGAGGACCAGGAGGCCUAUACUGUGUUGACGGCGCCGGAGUCGCCCUUGGCCGACGCGGCCAAGUUGGUGACACCCACGGAGCAUUACGGCCACUAUUUGACGUGGACCGGGUUUGGCCAUGAAGGGCAGGCUCCCACUCGCAUUGACUACAUCCUACUGGAGUCCACGGCGGACAAGGUUUUCAGCCACGGUCGCCAGCCGUGGAUAGUCGAGGGGUAUGCCGUCCUGGAAAAUCGGUUCGAAGAUGGCGUUUUCAACUCGGACCACCGGGCAGUGGUGAUUGAUGUGCUGUUAGGCCAGUAG